GUUGGCGUGCUGGUCGGCCGUGCUGCCCUGAACGCCCGAGAGGAGGACGAGGAGGGUGUGGGCAUGAACAUGGCAGAAGGGGACACCCUGAUAUCAGUGGAUUAUGAAAUUUUUGGGAAGGUCCAAGGGGUGUUUUUCCGCAAGUACACUCAGGCUGAGGGUAAAAAGCUGGGAUUGGUUGGCUGGGUCCAGAACACUGACCAGGGCACAGUGCAAGGACAAUUGCAAGGUCCGGUCUCCAAAGUGCGUCUUAUGCAGGAAUGGCUUGAGACAAAAGGAAGUCCCAAAUCACACAUCGACAGAGCAAACUUCAGGAAUGAGAAAGUCAUCUUAAAGUUGGAUUACUCAGAUUUCCAAAUUGUGAAAUAAUGGCCUGAAUUUAAAUUUUCUAAGAUGAACUCACUGGCUUUGUUUUUUUUUGUUAUUAUAGAAUUAGUCUGUGUUCAGUAUUAGAAUGGAUCAGUAAGUUAAGUUAUGUUAGUAUAGGUAUUUGAAUAUUACUGUAUAAUAUAUGUAUGAUAGAAAGAGGACAACUCUACACAGUUCUAAAUAAAUAAAGCUACACUAGAACCUUCUGC